AACAGAGAGGGAGAGCGUGACGUUCAGAAGCCUGAAGGGAAUCCCACUUUGGAUGAAACGUUCUGUGCUCGCGGCACCUGAACUCGGGCUCACUAUCACGAUAUGAGCUCCACGUGAAAGUCGCGGACAUGGACACCGCUGGGUUUCCAGCACAAGGUGGUUCUGAACUAACAGCGACCGAAUACACUUCGGAAAGUGGACCAGAUCGCUGCCUCGUUUCGACGAGGAGGAAUACAGCGCGACAAUAACAGUUUUUAUUUCAAGCGAUGAUCAUGUUUCUUCGAUGUUUUGACAAGACAUGAGGACACAAGCGUGUGAUGUUUAAAGUUGGAAGUGGUGUUGGAAGUGGUCACAGCGCUGAAAAACGUGUACCGGGUGAUGUUCUGGAUGAUUUCGUCUGUGUCGGAGUGUAAGUUAGUUUGAUUUUUCAGCACACAGGCUAUCAAUGAAGGACGAGGACAGAUUGUAACACUUAUUGGUGAUGGACUCAAAGGGAAUCAACAGAUUCUGACUCUUAUCAGCUUCCUCUAUUGCACUCAGCAGUUUGCUGAGGGGACAGACUCUUCAUGCGCUGAUCUUGUACUAUGACCGAUCCCAUCAUGGAGUUUUUUGAUGACCCUAGUAUAUUUGGGGGAGGCCUUGACAGCCUAGUCCAUGAUGAUACAGGAUUUAACCCUGGGACUGUGUCUUUGGAAGAUGAGCUUCACCUUGGCCCUAGCUUUGAGCGUCUUCAAGAGGAAGCAGGGUCAAGUUCAAGUAUCCAACAUGGGUUAUCCUACAAUCAUCCUGUUGGGCAUUUUGACACUAUGAAGUCACAGACUUCAAUAGCACAAACCUUUACUGGUCCAGAAGGAGGUAACAGUAAUGCAAGAGCAUUUCUGCCACAGCAACAACCAUUUCAAGGGCAUAACAUUAACCAAGUACCCCAGACGAAUGGACUGUUUCUUAACAAUAGCCCCAUGUGGGGAAACCAUGAUCAGAAAGGGGGUAACUAUCAUCAGCACCAUCAACAACAACUUCAACAACAGCAUAAACAAUUUCAACAGCAACAAUUUCAGGGUCAACAUCAACAAUACAGUCAGCAGCAUCUUCAACAGAGACAGCAUGGUCUCGGUCAACACCCAAUGUCAAACCAGCAGCAAAUUCCCCACCAACAAAUAUCUCAUCAGGGUUUGCACCAUCUUGGUAAGACGUAUCAGGAACAUUCUGGAUUUUAUUAUCAGGCCAACGUCUCUCAAAUUCAUUCCCAACAGGCCCACCAUAACUCGCUUAUCAGAGAGGGUGGUUCAUUCCACCCUGCAGUCACUCCGAGUAGUCAUUCGCAGUCCAAAACAUAUCUAGAGUCCUCGAUGAUGCCUGUGUCCUCUCAGCAGCAUGGUGGGUUUCAAGGCGUCCAAGGUUUUACUGCAAGUCCAAGGUUAGAGGACAAUGAUUUGGGCUUCCCUGUGCAAUCUUCCCCUGCAACCCAUUCUUUCUCUUCUGGGUCAGUAAGCCAUGCCACAUCGUAUCCCAGCACCCAUUACUCUCUUCCCAGCCAGCCUUCUCCUGUAGUAAAUGCAACUCAGUCAUACUCAUCUAUGUCAAACUCUUCAACAGUUAUACCAUCAGCUACAAACCUGUUGGAUAAUGGUUGCUCUUUUCUCUCUUCUGGAAUGGAACAUGAGCAACAGCAAGUCCAAAUACCUGGCAGUCCGGCACAACAAUGCCUUUAUCGUGGCAUGCAGAGCUCUAAAUCAGGGCAGAAUCUUUUCAUCUCUUCUGAGGUAUUUCCAGAAGCUCUGAGCUCGUUCUCUGAUGACCAUUCAUUCCCUUUGGUGGAAAGGAAGAAUUGCAAUGUGGCAGGACCUUCAAUUACAAGCCAGAGUGGAAGCAAUAGUAAUGGGUUUCGGGCUCUGGAGGAGGCUUUACUUGGAGAGCAACACGAUGGGAGGCUUGAGGACUUAGGAGAGGCCUCUGACCUUUUGGGAGAUGAGUUGUUACCCCAGCUGGAGGCACUAGAUCAGGAAGAGAGCUCCAACCACUCAUGGGUAAAUGCAGGACUGGAAAAUGUAGGACAAGAUGAUGACGGAGAUAAAGUGAAGGAGAUAGAGGAUGGGAUCGAUGUGCCAAUUGGUCACAGCACACAGCCUCCUAAGAACACUAAUGGUCCCAGCAGUCAGGUGCGGGUACUCAGCCCACCAGUGAAGAGUAGCUCUUCUUCCUCCUCUUCGUCAUCCUCGUACGCAUCCGUGUCCGAGAAACGGGUAAAGAAGCGUCAGCAGCAGAUGGAGUCGCCCCUUUCGGAUGAUAAACAACUAAAGGCCAAUCGAAUAAUCUCAGAGGCCAUCGCUAAAGCACGGGAGAGAGGAGAGAAAAAUAUCCCACGCGUCAUGAGUCCCGAAAGCUUCCCGUCUUCAUCGUCGCAGCACCACAGUCACAAGGCGGGUGGCUCCAAGUCCAAAGGCAAGAAUAAGAGUUCCAAGAGUGCCCGGAUUGUGGCGUCCUCCAAGCCCAAACAGAAGAGUCAAAUUGGGAAAAUCGUAAUAAAAUUUGGGAAGAAGAAACGAAAGAAGGCAGAAUCCUCAGAAGAGCUGUCUGAUGAUGACAGACCACCUCGACGAUCCUCUAAAGACAAUGAUUCAAAGCGACGUUCUAACAGGAAGGUCAAGAGGAAGAAGUAUGAGGAAGACGGGGAGGCUCGACUGUCUGAAGAAGAAAUGAAGGUCAUCGUCAAAGCCAAGAAGAGCUCCAAUGCUCACAAAGAGCCUAAAGUGCAACUCUUUGUGGAGAACCCAAGUGAGGAAGAUGCAGCUGUGGUUGAUAAAAUCAUGGCAUCUCGCUUGGUGAAAAAAGAGGUUUCUCCUGGAGUGAUUGUGGAAUGUGAGGAGUACUAUGUCAAGUACAAAAACUACUCAUAUCUUCAUUGUGAGUGGGCGACGGAGCAACAUUUAGAGAAAGACAAGAGGAUCCAGCAGAAAAUCAAGCGCUUCAAGAUCAAACAGGCACAAAAGGCACACUUCUUUGCUGAUAUUGAGGAGGAACCGUUUAAUCCGGACUAUGUAGAAGUCGACCGAGUUCUGGAGGUCUCGUACUGUCAGGACAAGGAUAGCGGAGAGCCGGUGGUGUAUUAUCUGGUGAAGUGGUGCUCGCUGCCGUAUGAAGACAGCACAUGGGAGCUGAAUGAAGAUGUGGACCAGAGUAAGAUCGAGGAGUUUAAGCAGCUGCAGGCAGCAAAACCACACACGGAUAGAAAAGAACGUCCUCCGGCGAGUCACUGGAAGAAGCGGGAGCAAUCGCGUCAGUAUUGUAAUGGAAACUGUCUCAGGGAUUACCAGCUGGAGGGGGUCAACUGGCUUCUCUUCAACUGGUACAACAGGCGUAACUGUAUUCUGGCUGAUGAAAUGGGUCUGGGUAAGACCAUCCAGUCCAUCACAUUUCUAGAGGAGAUCUAUCGCACAGGGAUCAAGGGGCCAUUUUUAAUCAUCGCCCCGCUCUCCACCAUCACUAAUUGGGAGAGAGAGUUCAGAACCUGGACGAACCUCAAUGUCAUUGUCUACCAUGGCAGUGUGGUCAGCAGACAGAUGCUCCAGCAGUAUGAGAUGUACUUCAGAGACUCUCAGGGGCGUGUGAUAAGAGGUGCUUACCGGUUCCAGGCGGUCAUUACCACAUUUGAGAUGAUUUUGGGAGGCUGUCCAGAACUCAACGCAAUCGAUUGGCGGUGUGUCAUCAUUGACGAAGCCCAUCGGCUCAAAAACAAGAACUGCAAGCUACUGGAGGGUUUCAAACUCAUGAGCCUGGAACAUAAGGUAUUAUUGACGGGCACCCCCCUACAGAACACGGUGGAGGAACUCUUUAGUCUGCUGCACUUCCUGGAGCCAACCCGUUUUCCCUCUGAAAACACCUUCAUGCAGGAAUUUGGAGACCUCAAGACUGAGGAGCAGGUCCAGAAACUCCAGGCCAUCCUGAAGCCAAUGAUGCUGCGUCGUCUUAAGGAGGAUGUGGAGAAGAAGCUGGCCCCGAAAGAGGAGACUAUUAUAGAAGUGGAGCUCACCAACAUCCAGAAGAAAUAUUACCGCGCAAUACUGGAGAAGAACUUCUCAUUCCUGGCUAAAGGCGCCGGCCAAGCCAACGUCCCCAAUUUGCUCAACACCAUGAUGGAACUACGAAAAUGCUGCAACCAUCCCUACCUCAUCAAAGGGGCUGAAGAAAAAAUCAUGGAAGACUUCAGGGAAGUUUACAGCCCCGCAGCGGUAGAUUUCCACCUGCAGGCUAUGAUUCAGUCGGCAGGUAAACUCGUUCUUAUUGACAAGCUGCUGCCCAAGAUGAAGGCAGGUGGACACAAAGUUCUCAUCUUCUCCCAGAUGGUGCGCUGCCUUGACAUCCUGGAAGACUACCUCAUCCAGAGAAGAUACCUCUAUGAGCGGAUAGACGGGCGGGUACGUGGAAACCUUCGUCAAGCAGCAAUAGACCGCUUCAGUAAACCCGACUCUGAUCGAUUCGUCUUCCUGCUGUGCACACGAGCAGGUGGGCUUGGAAUAAACCUCACAGCUGCCGACACCUGUAUCAUCUUUGACUCAGACUGGAACCCACAGAACGACCUGCAGGCUCAGGCUCGCUGCCACCGAAUUGGUCAGGAUAAAGCUGUAAAGGUGUAUCGACUAAUCACACGUAACUCAUACGAGCGUGAGAUGUUCGAUAGAGCCAGUCUCAAGCUGGGAUUGGAUAAAGCCGUGCUACAGAGCAUGAGUGGGCGGGACAACAGUGUAGGAGGAGGAGGGCAGGUACAACAGCAGCUCUCCAAAAAAGAGAUUGAGGACCUUUUGAGGCGUGGAGCUUACGGUGCCAUCAUGGAUGAAGAAGAUGAAGGAGCUAAAUUUUGUGAAGAGGACAUUGACCAAAUCCUGCAACGCAGAACCAAGACCAUCACUAUUGAAUCUGAGGGCCGGGGCUCCACCUUUGCCAAGGCCAGUUUUGUAGCUUCAGGGAACAGAACAGACAUCUCUCUGGAUGACCCCAACUUCUGGGACAAGUGGGCAAAGAAAGCAGAGAUCGACAUGGAGACGGUCAAUGGCAGAAACAGUCUGGUGAUCGACACCCCUCGAGUCAGGAAACAGACCCGGCCGUUCAGCGCCACUAAGGAUGAGCUGGCCGAGCUGUCUGAAGGGGAGAGCAGUGGAGACGACAAGCCCAAACUGCGGAGGCCACAUGACCGCCUUAACAGCUAUGGGCGCACCGAGUGCUUCAGGGUGGAGAAAAAUCUGCUGGUGUAUGGGUGGGGCCGUUGGAAGGAUAUUUUGGCCCACGGACGCUUUAAACGACAGCUGACCGAGCGUGAUGUGGAGUGUAUAUGCAGAGCGCUCUUAGCAUACUGCCUCGUUCAUUACCGUGGAGACGACAAAAUCAAGGGCUUCAUGUGGGAUCUGAUUGCUCCCACGGAGGACGGCAGGACCAAGGAACUUCAGAACCAUUUAGGUUUGUCGACACCAGUACCGCGUGGCAGGAAAGGAAAGAAGAUGAAGACUCAGUCCAGCUCGUUUGAUAUUCAGAAGGCGGAGUGGAUCCGAAAACACAACCCAGAGCACAUGCUGUCUGAUGACGGCUACAAGAAACAUUUGAAACAUCACUGCAACAAGGUGCUGUUGAGGGUCAGAAUGCUGUACUAUCUCAAACAGGAGGUGAUAGGAGCACAGUGCCAAAAAGUGCUGGAUGGAGCAGAUGCCAGCGAGGUGGAUAUCUGGGUUCCUGAGCCGGAUCAUUCAGAGAUGCCUGCUCUGUGGUGGGACAUGCUCGCGGACAAAUGUCUGCUGUUAGGAGUCUAUAAGCACGGUUAUGAGAAGUACAACACCAUUCGCGCGGAUCCAGCACUGUGUUUCUUGGAAAGGGUCGGGCGGCCGGACGAAAAGGCCAUCGCUGCUGAACAGAGAGGAAACGACUUUAUGGAUGGGGAUGUGGACGACCCUGAGUACAAGCCCGCUCCAGCCUUGCUAAAGGAUGAUAUGGAGGAUGAUGCUUCCUCUCCUGGAGAACUGGUUAUCACUGAUGCAGUUGGAGAAGGAGGGUCUGUGUUGGAUGGCGGAGGUGGAAAUCUGAGUGCCAGCACGGGGAUAUACUGGCCCUCACCCUCCACUUUAACUGCAAGACUCCGGCGUCUGAUCACCGCAUCUCAGCGCUUCACCAAGAGCAGACAGAUACUUCAGAUCCACCAGACACAGACGCAGACCACAACCCCGGCCAUCUACACUCUGCCCCCUAUGCUCAAUGAUGCACUUAAUCCUAAAAUGGUGGCUAAGAUUGAAAGACAACAGCGGUGGACGCGAAGGGAGGAGGCAGAUUUCUACCGUGUGGUUUCAACAUUUGGAGUAGUAUAUGAUCCGGAUUUGGGCCGUUUCGACUGGACCAAGUUUAGAGCCAUGGCUCGACUGCACAAGAAAACUGACGAGAGUCUACAGAAGUACCUGUGUGCCUUUAUUGCCAUGUGCAGGAGGGUCUGCCACCUCCCUCCAAGAGAAGGAGAUAUGGUGGACACCUCUCUUGCUAUUCAGCCAAUCACAGAGGAGCGCGCGUCCCGAACUUUAUACCGUGUGGAAUUGUUGCGUAAAAUAAGAGAACAGGUGCUGCGUCACCCUCAGCUCUAUGAGCGUCUAGCCCUCUGCCAGUCAGGACCAGAUCUUCCAGUGUGGUGGGAAGCAGGAUCCCACGAUCGGGAUCUCCUCCUCGGAGCGGCCAAGCACGGGGUCAGCCGGACAGACUACCACAUCCUCCGUGACCCGGAGCUGUGCUUUAUUGCAGCCCAAAGGAACUACAGCCAGAACAAGGGAAGUGCACCACCAGUCCAAGCCCAGAAUCAGGCAAUGUCACUGGGGCAGUCUCACGUCCCGAGCCCCCUUCAGCACGUUUUGGCUAAAGACGCUACAGCUUCACCGCUCUCUUACCCGAGAGAGGAUUCAAGCGAACUGAAGGAGGAGCCGCUGUCAGACGGAGAGAUCAAAAUGGAAACGUCCUCUGUCAGACCACCCACACCAUCAGGAGUAGAGGUGAAAGACGGUGACCACAAAGAAGUAGAGAGUGAGAGACGAAUGGUGGCGGCUAGAACAAAACCUCUCACGCCAAACUCCGUGGUUCGAAAGCAGAAAAAGCUGAGUAAACGCAGCCGCAGGGAGGCCAGGAGGGCGUCGGGAUCAGACUCAGACUCGGAUGGCUCCUCGUCCAGUUCUUCGUCAAGUUCUUCAUCGAGAUCUUCUUCCUCAUCCUCGUCUACAUCACGGUCGGGAUCUAGUUCCUCUUCCUCAUCUUCCUCCUGUUCCUCAGGUUCGUCGUCUUCUUCGUCGUCAUCAUCAUCGUCCUCAGACAACAGUGACAGUGAGGAGGUACCAAAGAAUGUGUCAGCAGUGUCUGGUGUUAAAGGCUUUGAUGAAGACAGUGUGGCCUCAGUCAGCGCUACACAAGAUGACAUGCAAGAUAGUCAUGUGACCAACGGUAUCUCAAACCCUCCCCACCCUUUCCAGGGAGGAUAUAUGCUCGCUGCCUCCUACUGGCCAAAGGACCGUGUCAUGAUAAACCGGUUGGACAGUAUAUGUCAGGCGGUGUUGAAGGGCAAGUGGCCAGGGGUUCGGCGAGCAUACGAAGGCAACGCCGUGACUUCUUUCUACACCACUAAACUCCUGGACAACGCGGGCACUCUGGUGGAGGACCCAUCGGCCUCCCCUCAGGGUUCAAAGGUGAAGAAGCAUGAUGCAGACAGAGAAAAGGAGUUCUCAGUCAAAAUCAAUAACGAAGGCAGCCUUAAACUGACUUUCCAGAAGCAGGGCUUGCCUCUGAAGCGCCCCCUGGAGGGCGAGGAGGGACCUCUUGCCCAGCAGCAGUACCUAGCCCGGCUACAAGAACUUCAGAAUGCAUCCGAUACCAGCCUAGUAGACUACACCAAAACACAGAACAACUAUCCACAGGGGAUGUCCGGGCAUUUGCGACUGAAUGGAAUGAUGGAUGGACAGCCUGCCAUAAAAAAGAAAAGAGGAAGGCGAAAGAACGUGGAAGGGAUGGAUCUGCUCUUCAUGAACAAAAACAGGCCUCCAAUGAUGGCAGAGCAGGUUCCUGCUGGCUGGAGUGGUGGUGUCGCAGGCACGUCUGCUACCGCCGGUUCAAGCACACCUCAGGGACCUGGGUCUCUAGACACAGAGAGCCGCGUUCCCGUCAUCAGUCUCAAAGACGGAACACGAUUGGCUGGAGAGGACGCUCCUAAACGGAUAGAACUCGACCAGUGGCUGAAGGAGCAUCCGGGCUUUGUGGCAGAUGUGGGAGCCUUUAUCCCUAGUACAAAUAAACUGCAGUUUCAAGAUGGCAGACCAAAACAAAAGAGACAUCGCUGCAGAAACCCCAACAAAAUUGACAUCAACAGCCUUACAGGAGAAGAGAGAGUGCAGAUUAUCAACAGGCGGAAUGCUCGCAAGAUUGGUGGAGCAUUUGCUCCUCCAUUAAAAGAUUUAUGUCGGUUCCUGCAAGAAAAUCCAGAGUAUGGGGUCCCACCCGAGUGGGCUGAUGUUGUCAAACAGUCGGGUUAUCUUCCUGAAAGUAUGUUCGAUCGCAUCCUGACCGGCCCAAUCGUUCCAGAAGAGGUGAGCCGACGAGGUCGACGUCCCAAAAACGCUCUUGCAAAACCAGCCACAGCGGCCAGCGCAAGUGCCAAUGCAGCUCUGGGACUCAACCCUGUCCUGACCAAUGGCCUCCUCGGAGGGUUGGAUCUGCCUAGUCUUCAAGCUCUUCAGCACAACCUUCAGAGCCUCCAGUCUCUUCAACUCAUGGGUCUUUCUCACGACCCAACCAACAUGGCCGCCAUGUUUCCAAUGAUGCUGUCUGGAAUGCCUGGGCUACCAAACCUUCUAGGGAUGAGCGGUCUCCUCGGUGGAAAAGCUUCUGAGGAAGCGGCAGGCGUUGCUUUACCGGGCGAUGAGGAUGGGAGAAAGAAGAGCAGCGUAGACUCGACCGCUCCCAAAGGUUCGGCCCAGACCUCAAGUCCCGACCGUAAAGCGGAAAGGACAGAAGGUCAAAGUUCCAAAGCCACCACCUCGACGGCAACCAACUCUAAUCAAACAAGUGCUUCUGCUUCGGGCCACCAACUGGCCUUCAACCCCCUUCUCCUCUCUAGUAUGCUCUACCCAGGGAUGCUUCUUUCUCCAGGCCUUAACCUGCCUGUGGCCAAUCAGCCGCAAGCUGCAAACACUCAGCCAACCCCACAACCUGCUGCCUCUGAAGCCACGCCCCUACAGCCUGGCUGUUCAGAGGAGAAAGACAGUGACGAAGGGGAGGAGCCUGACGACAAGAAGGACAUCAGUGGUCCAGAGGGCUCGGCGAAGGCGGAGUCAUCCUCCUCCGAGUCCGACAGCUCCUCCGAGUCAUCUGAGGAUUCCGAUUCCAGCGAUGAAGACUGAGUCUUUAUACGUGUAUAAAUAAAUAUUAUAUAUUUAUAUCCAUCUCUUAGAUAUGUAUACAUAUAAACACAUAUAGGAAUUAUCCUGCAUUUACUACAUCAUGUUUUUCCAUGUAAAUAUUCUAACUAAAGUGUUGUGUAACGGAAAACGGAGAUCCUAGUAAAACUGAAAUAAGAUUUCAGCGUUCGUUUAGGUACAGUGUCGUUUCGAAGAGACAUUUUGCAUGUCGAAAAACUUAGUAGAUCUAUGGACUUUGUGAAAGUGUAUUACACAAUGAUGUACAAUUGCAACAGACAAGAAGCAAAAACAAAAAGGCAUUAUUGUUAUAGCUAUGUCGGGAUUUAAUUUUAUUAAAGAAAUGAGGACAUUGUUGCUCAUGCAGAGCUGUAUAAUUAAUAUAUUUUAUUUGGGAGAAAGAACACGUCGACUGUUUUGCUUUCAUUUGUAAAUACUUGUGCAGGAUCCUGAACACAUAGACUUCACAGAGCACACCUUCAGAUCCACAGCAAUAACACACACACGGGCACCUUAUGAAUGUCACUGAAGCUGUAGAUACCCUGCAUUCGCUAUUACAACAAUUCGGAUUUAUUUACCUACACACUGUCUCAGAUUCCCAAUGUAUUGCUUCUGUUUCCUAUCUCGUUUAAAUGACAUACAGCUAUUUUACCCAAAGAUUUGAGUUUUUUCCGAAACGCAUAAUACAAAUACAAAAAUCCAUCUUGCAAGCACACAUUCACAGUUCAGUCAUAAGGUAUUCAAUGAAAACAAAAAUUAUUUUGCUGUGUUUAGGAACAUAGAAACACAUUGCGUGCAGUGCCUGAAUUUUAUGUGUGUGUGUGUGUAUACAGUAUAUAUAUGUGUAUGUUAAGAACAAACAUAAUAUUUAUAGUUCAGUCAAGUGCGUGCAUGUGUGUAUGUGUUGGUAAGUUCAGAACAAACAUUCUUUUAUAGAUCAGACAGCACUGUGUCUAUGUGUGAUGUUCUUGUCUAUGUGUCCAAGGUCCUGUCAUCCUAAUGUUCAAUCUUCCUUCUUCACAAACAGCAGUGCAUGUGAGGAGCUCAGAUGCAAAAUCAGCCCAUUAAGAAAUCCAUUAUUUACAAGAAAACACGUCAGACACAGUUAAAGGUGUUUUGCAUCUGAGCUCUUCAUAUAUUUUCUCUUCCCCUUGAUUUUUUCAUAGACUUACAGUAUUGUCAUAUCAGUGCGACCUGCCAGGGUCUUCUCAUACUCGCGUCACCCAGGUUAUCAGGAGUGUUGAACAGAAUUCAAGUAUUUGCAGUAGUAUUUCAUGUGAAAGCUUCUUAAUCCAAGCAAAUGGGGUCAUUAGAAAUGUGAUAUUCCUAGAAUUGGUGAAAGGCUUCUGUGUAUAAAAGUCAAAUCCCAGGUUUCCUUUGUCAGUUUUAAUGCAGAUCCACAUAGCCGCCUUGCUGCUGUUAGAUGAUCUAGAAGUGUCCUUACGCCAUACUUCGAUGUCUAUUCCUCAAAAGCACCACUCUGUGAAAAAUCCAUCACAAUCCAGCACCUCGGCCAACGCAAUGAACCUCACUGGCAUUUGUAAUAGGGAUGUGUAUGAGAUUUUUAUUUCCAUCGCGCUCUCGUUCUUAGACUGUUAGGGUAAUUUUGCAGCACAGAUCAGAUCUGGCUGCAUCCGGUCACAUUUGUUCACAUUCAGGUUGGCUACUGUAAUGUUGUUCCAUUUGUGAUGCAAACUUCUGGAUGCACUGCACAAUGCAACUCUCUGCCUGUCUCACUAGUGAACGCUGUUUAUUAUAUUAAUGGGUAUUUCCUUGCAUGUAUGAUUUAAUUCACGAUGGUUUCACGUACAUGCCCUCGGCCGUAAUGUAAUUUUAGACCUCUUCUCUCCACUGUGGCAUCAGAACUUCCUCUUUCUAGUUAGUUGGUGCUGAGCCACGCACUUUGAAACUGUGUCCAGGUAUUGCUGCUUUCCACUUCCUUCCAAAACUGCACGAUGAAAUGUGUAGUUCCUCUUAUCACGGCAUCUCAUUUAAUGGAAGAAUCGAAAGAGAAACUUACACUGAUGUUCUUUUUAGUACUUUUAUUUUCAAUAUUUUGGUUGUAUUUCACGUUGCAUUAAUGCAGAUUGAAACGCUGGACUACUGACCAGAUUCAGGGCAGGACUCGCCAUCAUGGCACAAAGACAAUGACAUCCAUCGUGCAACAGAAAACGAAAUAGAAACACACUACUGCAAAUCAACAUUUGUAUCCAAUAUGUGAAACAUUGAAUCGACAGACAGACUCAUUUGUUUUCAUGACUUAUUUCAUUUCAUACGUUCGAUAUUUUCAAAUUAAAGCCCUUUUUGCUAAUAUGUGUUUUUUGGACAGUUGCAAUACUUGCAAGUUGUGGCCUGUGUAGUCAAUUAAUGCUUCUUGUAGUGCAGGAUACAUGUCUUAAAAGUUUGUAAUUUAUUGAAUUCCUUUCUAUGAAGUUCUAUAGAAGAGAUUGAGGUUUAAUUAUUUUUAUUAAACAUAUUCUGACUCUACUGAGAAA